AUGGCCGACCCGCAAGCUGCCGUCGAGCUCAAAGAAAAUACCGUCAUUGUGGUGCUCGGCGCCUCGGGUGACCUGGCUAAGAAGAAGACGUAUCCGGCUCUUUUUGGACUCUACCGAAACCAGUUCCUCCCCAAGGAUAUCAGGAUUGUUGGCUAUGCACGAACGAAAAUGGACCAUGACGAAUACCUUCGUCGUAUCAAAUCGUACAUAAAGACGCCAACCAAGGACAUUGAGCAGCAACUGGAGGAUUUCUGUUCUCUAUGCACAUACGUAUCUGGCCAGUACGACCGGGACGAUUCCUUCAUGCAGUUGAACAAGCAUCUUGAGGAGCUGGAACAGGGUAGAAAGGAAACCAACAGGUUGUUCUACAUGGCGUUGCCGCCGAGCGUUUUCACCAUCGUCUCACAGCAUCUGAAGAAGUGUUGCUACCCUUCGAGAGGCAUCGCCCGGGUCAUUGUUGAGAAGCCGUUUGGCAAGGACUUGGCGAGCUCUCGGGAGCUCCAAAAGUCCCUUGAGCCUGACUGGAAGGAGGAUGAACUCUUCCGCAUCGAUCACUAUCUCGGCAAGGAGAUGGUGAAGAACAUUCUCAUCCUCCGAUUUGGCAACUCGUUCCUCGGUGCAACAUGGAACAGGCACCACAUUGAUAAUGUGCAGAUCACGUUCAAGGAACCUUUCGGCACCGAGGGCCGCGGCGGCUAUUUUGAUGAGUUUGGCAUCAUCCGGGAUGUCAUGCAGAAUCACCUGCUCCAAGUGCUCACUCUUUUGGCCAUGGAACGGCCCAUCUCUUUCUCGGCCGAGGAUAUCCGAGACGAGAAAGUAAGAGUCCUUCGUGCGAUCCCGGCUAUCGAACCCAAGAAUGUCAUCAUCGGCCAGUACGGGAAGUCACUUGACGGCAGCAAGCCAUCGUACAAGGAGGACGAUACUGUGCCCAAGGACUCGCGGUGCCCGACAUUCUGCGCCCUCGUCGCCUACAUUAAGAAUGAAAGGUGGGACGGCGUCCCCUUCAUCAUGAAGGCGGGCAAGGCACUUAAUGAGCAGAAAACGGAGAUUCGUGUGCAGUUCAAGGACGUGACUUCUGGCAUUUUCAAAGACAUUCCCCGAAACGAACUCGUAAUGCGCAUCCAGCCGAACGAGAGCGUCUACAUCAAGAUGAACUCGAAGCUCCCUGGGCUGACGAUGCAGACCGUCGUCACGGAACUUGAUCUCACGUACCGCAGGCGCUUCUCGGAUCUCAAGAUUCCCGAAGCCUACGAGUCGCUGAUUCUGGACUGCAUCAAGGGUGAUCACUCCAACUUUGUCCGAGACGAUGAGCUUGACGCAAGUUGGAGGAUCUUCACGCCGCUGCUGCACUAUCUGGAUGACAACAAGGAGAUUAUCCCGAUGGAGUACCCAUAUGGCUCUCGGGGCCCCGCAGUUCUUGACGACUUCACUGCGUCCUAUGGGUACAAGUUCAGCGACGCCGCAGGAUACCAGUGGCCGACGACAUCAGCUCUGGGACCCGGCAACAAGCUAUGA